UCUGCCGUACGCAAACGUGAGACGCGUGGGGUGUACAGACAGUCCCGGAGGCAGCUCGUAGAACAGCAGAUACACGGACCCACCACCAUUUCCACCUUUUCCUCUCUCCGUUCGAAAUACAUCUUCGCUUCCGCGUCCUUCGUUCUUCAUGAACACACAUUGUUACGAGUGCCACAACACAGAUACUCUACUUCCGAAGUUACGUACUUGUGCAUGCAACCGUGUGUGCGUCAAGCACUCGGAGGCUCUUUGCCUCAGAUGACGACGGCGACCGACAGAGACUUUCCUCUUGCUUUGUUUUCCUUUCUGUGAGUUUCGCUUCCUCUGACACUGGCUAGAAAGGAACAGAGAAGAGCAUGCACCCAGAGAAAAAAGGACAACGAGGGACCAAGGCCUGUCGACUGUGCUCCCGAGUUCUUCAGGGUCGCUGAUUCCGCCACCGCAGUCGACUCUGCUCUAAGAGUAGCGUUCGGCGCUGCGUCUCAAAGAUUCAGUCUAAGCCGACGUUUCUCCAAGAAUGGGCGCGACCUCCGAUGUCGUGAAAUGCUCAGUCGCCUCUGUGUUCCCCGACCUCAUCGAGCCGCUCCCCUCCACGCUGAAGUGUACAUACACAUCGGGGGGAGAGUCGCAGAGUGCGCGGCUCUUUCUCCCCAGCUAGCGGGCGGGGGCGACGUCGCUGGGUGGGUUGAGGGCGAGCUUUCUGCGUUUCCUUCAAUAUUUCCCGGACUCCUCUCCAGCUCCGCUCUGCGGAUGCAGUCCGCACGCUCUUUUGCAGAGAAGGCAGAAGAAGGAGAGGAAAAGCGCCUGGAGUCAGCGAGAGAGAACGAGAGGGUGAAAAGAAGCUGAGGGAGAAGAGGAUAAGAGAGCGGAGGGCGCAAGGCGGCGAGCAGGAGGGAGAACAAGAGAGAGACGAAGAGAGAGGCAGAUGGUGACCCCUGCCUGUAGAAGAGAAAUCUUUGAGGACGGAGAAGAGAGAGGGGCAGCUCGGGCACCCCAGUGCGCGUUCUGAAGCGUCCUGAAGGCACCGCGUCGCUCUGUCUUCUCUCCUCUCCCUCUUCUGCUUUUCCUGC